AUGAGUAGAAUUGAUAGAAUUCUUGUGUCGGAGAAAGUGAUGAAUGAUUGGGGGGUGAUAGGGCAAAUGGUGGGGGAGAGAGAUAUUUCCGAUCAUUGUUCCAUUUGGUUAGAAAUCGACAACAACGAUUGGGGGCCUAAACCAUUCAAGUUCAAUAAUGAGUGGUUUUCUCACGAUUCCUUUCUUUCUUUUGUGGAGAAGGAGUGGAAAAGCUUCAAAGUGGAAGGUAGAAGGGAUUUUGUUUUGAAACAAAAAUUAUUUUUUCUUAAAGGUCGCCUUAAAUGGUGGAAUAAGGAGGUUUUUGGAAGAAUUGACUUGGAAAUUCAAGAGGAGGUUAGUGCUAUAAAUGGUGGGGAUGAUUUGUUGGAAUUAGAGGGAGAUGAUUUUCUCUCAGAUACUUUGUUUAGAAGGAAGGAAGCCACUAGUCGGUUUUGGAUGAAAUUGAGAAUUAAAGAAAAUAUGUUAGUUCAAAAAGCUAAUUUGAAGUGGUUAAAGGAAGGUGACUCUAAUAGCGGUUACUUUCACAAAGUCAUGAAGGAGAAAGGAAGAAUUAAUCAUUUGGGGCCCAUUAACACUUUGGAGGGGAGGUUGGAAAAGGUAAAGGAUAUUAAAGAUCAUGUUGUUAAUCAUUUCUCAAAAAAAUUUGAAGAGGAGGAAGAGAUGGUGUCGUCUUUGGAGGGAAUAUUUUUUUAUUGUAUUAGGGAGGAAGAUAAGAGUUGGCUUGAAAUACCUUUUCAAGAAGAUGAGAUUAUUGAAGCGUUAAAGAGUUGCGGUGGUUCUAAAAUCCCGGGUCCGGAUGGGUUCUCUUUUCUUUUUAUUAAGAGAUGUUGGUCUUUUAUUAAAUAA